AUGUCGCUACUAUCGUCCGUGUCCGUGAAGGAUUUUGCGUACGACACGAACCACCCGCUGCACUACGGGAUCACCGACGAAUACCUCGACCCGGUGGACGAAACGGUGCGCGCCGUUGCUCUUUAUCCGUUUGAACCAGAGAACGAAAAUGAACUAGAGCUAAAGCAAGAUCAAAUCAUAUUCAUCAACUACGAGUACGGCGAAGGGUGGCUGGUGGCCCAGGAACCAGAAACAGGCAAAACAGGACUCGUUCCGUCCGAGUACGUGCGGAUCUUGGACGACGAAGAGCUGGAAUCCCAAGAAGCUAAGCCCUUUCUACCUGAAAUCUUACAAGAACUAGACGAGAUGAAAAUAACAGAUAAGCAUUCCGAAUCGGGCUCGGAAACUAUUAACGAUCCACAAACGUCUACGUGA